AUGGGUCUUUUCGGGCAUAAAUCCAAGGAGAAUCAAAAGCUACAGUACCCCAUCGGCGGAAAACGCACGAGACCUAGCCCUGGUCGACGAACAACUGAGACGUCAGUCAAUGCCCCUUUGCCAGGCUAUCACGGUCCACACUUCCAUCGAGGGCCAGCUCAAGAAGACAUAUGGAACCAGCGACAACAAAACAUUCAGAUAUCUUACGAGGAUAUACGUGGUCGCUCGCACACGUUCCACAGCCCUAUCGAGCAGCAUCAGUAUUCCAAUCCAUAUGAGUUGCGACCGGGUCCAUUCACCAAAAGGAUGGAGCAGGAGUAUGCAGAUUAUAAGAAGAAGGCAGAGACUUGUGGCACCAAUAGAUCUGCAGUCAAACAAGCAAAAAAUGUGCCCGUUGGCCGGAACUACGUCCCUGAGACUAUUCACGGCAGGCAAAUCAUGACAGCAGUUGACCUUGCUAUAGAGGGUCGAAUCCAGGCGAACGCAGCUGCACAAGCCCGUGCCGGGUUCCAGCAAAAAUAUCCUCAAGCAUAUAAGGACAAUGCAAUCGUGAGUCAUUGGAUAGAGGCUAGUAACGCACGAAAGGCCGCAAGUGCCUAUAGAGAAGCAGAAGUUAGUCUCCGUAAGCUUCAUGGGAGAUGGGAGCAGAGGAUGGUUCAAUACGAGCAGCAGCAGGUACACCGAGGCUCACCAUCGGGGUGCUGA